UCAUCCUUCCCACUCAGACUGUGGGGAGGGAUUCACUCGGUCAUCCUUCCCACUCAGACUGUGGGGAGGGAUUCACUCGAUCAUCCUUCCUGCUCAGACUGUGGGAAGGGAUUCACUCGGUCAUCCUUCCUGCUCAGACUGUGGGGAGGGAUUCACUCGAUCAUCCUUCCCGCUCAGACUGUGGGGAGGGAUUCACUCGGUCAUCCUUCCUGCUCAGACUGUGGGGAGGGAUUCACUCUAUCAUCAGACUGACUGCCAUGCCUGCCAUUUUAAACGGGGGUGGUGGGGGGGGGGGGACCUGUUCAUCUGCUCAGACAGUGGGAAUGGAUUCAGUUGGACAUUUCAACUGAAGGGACAUCAGCAAGUUUAUACUGGGGCAAGGCCAUUCACCUGUUCUGUGUGUGAGAAGGGGUUCAGUCGGUCUUCCCACCAGUGGACACACCAAUUAGUUCACAGCACACCGGGCAGAGGCUGGUCAACUGCUGAAUUUCUGGGAAAGGAUUCACUCGGUCAUCUGACCUAAUGGCUCACCAGCGAGUUCACACCGGGGAGUGUCCGUUCACCUGCUCAGACUGUGGGAAAGGAUUCACUUGGUCAUCUAACCUGAAGAAACAUCAGCGAGUUCACACUGGAGAGAGGCCAUACACCUGCUCAGAAUGUGGGAAAGGAUUCACUUCCUCAGAUAAACUGAAGAUUCAUCAGCGGGUUCACACUGGGGAGAGGCCGUUCACCUGCUCAAACUGUGGGAAGGGAUUCACUCAGUCAUCUAAACUGAAGGAACAUCAGCGAGUUCACACUGGUGAGAAGCUGUUCAUCUGCUCAGACUGUGGGAAGGGAUUCACUCGGUCAUCCAACUUGCUGGCACACAAGUCAGUUCACACUGGGGAGAGGCCUUUCACCUGUUCAAACUGUGGGAAGGGAUUCUCUUUGUCAUCCCAACUGAAGGGACAUCACCGAGCUCACACUGGGGUUUGGCCAUUCAUCUGCUCAGACUGUGGGAAAGGAUUCACUAAGUUAUCAAAACUGGAGGUACAUCAGCGAGUUCACACUGGAGAGAGGCCAUUCACCUGCUCAGAAUGUGGGAGGGGAUUCACUCAGUCAUCUAUUCUGAAGUUACAUCAGCGAGUUCACACUGGGGAGCGGCCGUUCACCUGCUCAGACUGUGGGAGGGGUUUCACUUGCUUGUCUAAUCUGAAAGGACAUCAGGAGUUCACACUGGUGAGAGGCCAUUCACAUGCUCAGACUGUGGGAAGGGAUUCAUUCUGUCACACGAACUACUGGUACACAAGUCAGUUCACACUGGGGAGUGGCCGUUCACUUGCUCAGACUGUGGUAAGGGAUACUCUCAGUCAUCCCAACUGAAGGUACAUCAGCGAGUUCACACUGGAGAGAGGCCAUUCACCUGCUCAAACUGUGGGAAAGGAUUCACUCAGUCAUCCAAGCUGAAGGUACACCAGCGAGUUCACACUGGAGAGAGGCCGUUCACCUGCUCAGACUGUGGGAAGGGAUUCACUCAGUCAUCCCAACUGAAGGUACAUCAGCGAAUUCACACCAGGGAGAGGCCGUUCACCUGCUUAGACUGUGGGAAGGGAUUCACUCGGUCAUCUCAACUACAAAGACACCAGCGAGUUCACACUGAGUAGAGGCCGAUCAACUGGUCAGUCUUUGGGAAAAGUUUCUCUCAGCCAAAUCAACCAAAAUGUGCAUCAUCGAGUACACACUGGGGAGUGGCCGUUCACCUGCGGUGAAUGUGGGAAGUGAUUCACUAAGUAAUCUAAGCUUAUGUAACUCUCACUUUAGCUAGCAGCUUAAAAUAGCUUAAUUUGCCCCCGGCCCCAGCCCGGCCAAACUUAAGAAAUCUCAUUUGGGUGGAUGCUGCAUGAUGCAUCCCCUGUUACAAAUCAGUACUGUACCCCGAAAUAACAACGGUACACAAUAUGUGAUUAAACAAUUGAGAUUUAUAAUUCUUACUUUGACUAUAGGGUUAGUAAAGAAAACAAAAAAAAAGAAACAGCCCACUCUCUCCAUUCGCAUCGUCUCAUCUCUCCCCAGCAAAAGACCAUGAACAUCUCUCUUCCAGACUCACAAGAAGGAACAUUUCUCUCAUUGGAUAGACCCACACUCCAAAUCCCUGUUUUCUAUAGUCGUAACCUAAACAUUGUUACACUUGUGACAGACUACCGGGUUCACACCAGGGAGAAAGUUUCAAUAAGCUGCAUGCUGGAUAUUUUUCCAUCACCGUUGCUGAAUGCAAUUUCGAGACUGACUGUCGGUGCUGAACUCUGCAAUUAUUGCUGCUGCUCACCACACCCAGUUCUGCACCCUGGUCACUGGGCAUGGGAGGAGUUUCUUCUGCUGCACAUUCACCUUUAAUGGGACUGGAGUUUAAUAUUCUGGUUCUGAGACAAAUAAAUCAGUUCUAUUUUAAACUCUGUCUCCGGUACGUAAUGAAUUUAUAACACACCUUGUGCACAGUGGAGGGUCAACUCAUGCCGGCUGGACCCUGCCUGUGAUUCUGUUCCAGGACAGUCCUUUUAAAUCCUCCCCUGUUGUUCACCUCUUGCUCUCCCUGUGGUGAUGGGUUCCAAACAGUCACCAUCCUGUGGGUGAAGAGGUUUCCCUGAAUUUUCUGCAGACUGAAGAAAUUGAGCUGACUGCAGUUCUGUCUGAGAUGUUCUUUACCCCUGAAAUCUCUGAGCUGAGGAAGAAUGAAUUUGGGAGUUACCCUCCUUAUUCAUGGCUCAUUUCCACAUUAUGGGUCAUUUCCCCUGCUUCUAAAGUGUUGUUGAAAACACACUGUCCUCUAAAGACUGAAAGCAGAAUGCGAAACCAUUGUUUGGAUGUUCAACGGAGCAGGGUCAGAAACCAGAGGCGGGUCUGCACAGGGCAGAGUUUGGGGCUCUGGACGACGGUCGGGGUAAGAACGUAUGAUAAGGAGAAGGGAAUCAGCAGCGGGGCGUGUCAACGAAUGACAGAGUAGCAACAUUUGGAAGCUGAUUGAUAGAGAAAAUCUUUAGGUUGUCUGACUGAUGACACAAACAAUGCCUGUGGUGAGGUACUCCACUGGUUGAGGAAUGUAUGUGUUUGGAAUGGUUUUAUCUAUUGGGGGAGUUGUUCCUGCUUAUUAAUCCUGUAAUAUUAUAUUCGAAUGGUUCGUACGGAUUGUCCUAUCUGAAAUAAUGUAUUGAUUAUAAAACAUAGAAUAGUACAUCACAUUACAGGCCCUUCGGCCCACAAUGUUGUGGUGACCCUCAAACCCUGCCUCCCAUAUUGCCUCCCACCUUAAAUUCCUCCAUAUACCUGUCUAGUAGUCUCUUAAAUUUGUAUAUAGUGUAUCUGCCUCCACCACUGACUCGGGCAGUGCAUUCCACGCACCAACCACUCUCUGAGUGAAAAACCUUCCUCUAAUAUCCCCCUUGAACUUCCCUCCCCUUACCAUCUCCUCUUGUACUGAGCAGUGGUGCCCUGGGGUAGAGGCGCUGGCUGCCCACUCUGUCUAUUCCUCUUAAUAUCUUGUACUUCUCUAUCAUGUCUCCUCUCAUCCUCCUUCUUUCAAAGAGUAAAGCCCAAGCUCCCUUAAUCUCUGAUCAUAAUCCAUACUCCUUAAACCAGGCAGCAACCUGGUAAAUCUCCUCUGUACCCAUUCCAAUGCUUCCACAUCCUUCCUAUCGUGAGGCGACCAGAACUGGACACAGUACUCGAAGUGUGGCUGAACUGGAGUUUUAUAGAGCUGCAUCAUUACCUCGCGACACUUCAACUCUAUUCCUCCACUUAUGAAGGCUAAUACCCCAUAAGUAUCAUGUAUUACCUACAUAUCUCUAUGCACUUUGGGCUUAAGCGCAAUUGAAACAUACUAAAAAAAAACAAGACUACAUUGAAUAAAGUAAACUACGUUUUCCGUCAUUGUCAGGCAGCAAAGAUGGAAUACAUAGAUGAGCUACCCGCAAUAUUAAAGAGGAUACCAAAUUUUUCUUCAGGUACAUAUAUUGUAAGAGAGAGGCUGAAGUGGAUAUCGGACCACUGAAAAAUGAUGCUGGAGAGGUAGAAACGGGGUGGGGCUGCAAGGUGAUGGCAGAUGAACUGAAUAAAUCUUGUACAUCACUCUUAUCUCUCGAAGACACUGGCAGGAAUAUGGAAGUCCCAGAUGUCAGUGGUCAGAAUGUGUAAAGUUACGUUACACGGGAGAAGGUUCUUUGGGAUACAGAGAUGGUCUGAAGGUAAAUAGGUCACCUGGACCAGAUGGUGUACACCCCAGAGAUCCGAAAGAGGUGGCUGAAGUGAUGUGGAGGCAUUAGCAAUGAUCUUUCGAGAAUCGUUAAGGAAAUAAAAUCCAAAGAAGAUCUUUCCUUCACUGCUCCCCGUCUCCCAGUGUCACCCAUCACCUACCACGUCUUCCACCCCUUCACCCCCACACUGCUUCCUCUGAUGUCUCAUCUUCUUUGUUCCCAGUCCUGAUGAAGGGUCUCGGCCCGAAACGUCGACUGUUUGCUAUUUCCCAUAUAUGCUGCCUGGCCUCCCAGGUUCCUCCAGCAUUUUGUGUCUGUGUUGCUUGGAUUCCCAGC